AUGUCCGACGAACUCUUGAAAUUGAAAACUCAAGUGGAGGAACUCCAGCAAUUGGUUAAAAAACAAAACCUUUUGAUCAGCAAAACUGGUCAAUCUGUGUUGGAACUUCAAGUUGCAAAGCAGAAAAGUGACGUGGAUGGUUUGGACACCCAGUUUUCCGGGUUCGGAAAGGGUGGCAAAACAAGUACGUCCUCGGCACACAACGAUCCAACAACCGAUUUUGCCACAAAUGAAGAUCUUGUGCAAUUGGUCGGUGAGUUACAAGGGCAGCUAGAGUCAAUCGAGGAAAGAUCCAUUAGAAGAUUGGUUAACUCGACUAAGACGGAGAAAAAGGACUAUUUGGCUCCCUUGCCAAACUCUGACGGCGAGAUUCCCGUGGUUGCUGACGGUUUUUUCCCUCGUUCUCUGGAGGAUUUUGAGACCAUCUCUAAUGUGGACCUAUUCAGAUUGGCCAAAUAUUACGAACUACUUCCUCCAAGCUUGAAAGAGCAAGAGAAAUUCGAGGAUUAUUUGGAGGGCAAGCUUGAAAACUUCCACAUCAACGAUUUGCCAGAAGAAGAUGUGAAAAAGGAGCUGGGUAAUUUCUCCGCAGACCAGUUGGUAGAAACCUUCAAUGACGUGGCCAGAUUCUUAGGGGUGAAGUCCAGAAGGGGCACUGACAUCUGGUAA